UAAACGUCACGCUAAGGAAGAGCGAACCCUCUGAAACUGAAGAAUUUGGGCCCCAAACUGAAUAAAAGCAAAAGUGGAUGAUUGUAGUUAACAUCAAAUGCAACACAGAUAAACCACGCUUCGGACAAUCCGCUGACAAACAAUGGGAGCGAACAACAGUACCCGGAGAGUGUCAUUUGAGUCGGACGACUACGAUAAUGUAACAGUGGUGAAGGGCAUACGGCUCUCUGAAAAUGUCAUCAAGCGAAUGAAAGGGCCUGCUGCUCCUUCAAAACAAAAUAAUGCCUCCUCUCCCCCACCCACCAUCUCUGCUCCUCCUCUGCUGCAGCCUGUGCCUCCACUCGUUGACCCGUUCACCUCCUUGCCUCCUCCCCUUCCUCUCGUUGCUCCUCCAUCUGCCGCAGAGACUGCGGCUGCACCUCCUCAACCCCCUACAGAAAAGCCCACAGUGGAGCCAUUAUCACCUGCUCCAGUCUUCAAGCCAGUGGCAAGGGCUGAAUCGAGUCCAGCUCCACCACCUGCUGCAGCAGUGGUGAAUGAAGAGGCUCUGAGGAAGAAGAUCACUGAUGAGCUGAGUAAAGGCUUCGAGCAAGACAGGGCCAAGGCCAAGCAAGAGAUGCAAGCAUGGUUUGAUGCAGAGAAGGCUCGGACAUCAGCACAAGCUCAGACCGCAGCCCAGUCACAAGUCCAGGCCGAAGUGUCCAGGAUGCUGUCCGCAGAGCGGGCCGUGGCCCAAGAGAACUUCCAGCAGGCUGUCAUAAGAGAGAGGAUCACCACUGAGGAUGAGAUACUCCGAGCUCAGAUUCUUGCCAAGCAGCUGGAUGCAAAGGAAGCAGAUCUGAAAAAGCAGGAUGCUUUCUACCGGGAACAAGUUGCCCGACUGGAAGAAAGAAGCGCUCAGUUCUACAAGGUCACCACUGAGAACUACCGCAAAGCUGCUGACCAAGUCAAUGCCAAAUUCAAGAGGUAUGAAGUGAAUCCUGUGUGUGCAGACCUUCAGGGCCAGGUCCUUUCCUGUUACAAGGAGAAUGCUGGAAAAACUCUGAACUGCUCCAACAUAGCAGCUCUUUACCUUCAGUGUGUCAACAAUGCCAAACAGAACGACAAGCAUGUGCAAGCACCUUCCUGGACAGACGACGUAACAAGCUGAGGACCGGGGGAUAAGGGUGAGAAGGAGAAUGAAGCAGCAAUGCAGAGCAUAUUGUGAGGGAUUGUUGAUGGACGGUUGGACUGACAAACUAAACCAGAGUGGAGGAAUGAGUCCGCACCAAAACACGCACCUCUAAAACCCAGAUUAGACCAAAACCAGACGAGAGGCACUGAACACAACAAGGGGAGAGGAAUGAAGCCAUUUUUCCUCCACAUCCCUUCCUACCUCCUUUACCCUUUGUCUCUGUCUCCUGUGAUCUUGACAGAGUGGUAGUGAUACAUCUGAUGUUCAACAGGACACAACAGGCCUGAGCUUGGCAAUCAGCGUUAACCAGAAGCGCCUGUAGAAGACCAGCUGCUUCUGCCACAUAGAUCCAUUUCCACUUGUUUUAUGUGUUCAUAUUAUUACAUUUAAAUGGUUUUCCUGUUCUCAGUAAUUUAUUUCCUUCCUCGUGCACUAUGGUGUCGACAAAUACGCUUCUGUUUGUCUGACUUCACUUAUGUUCAGCAUUUAUCCACACCAACACCAGAAAUAAAGACGAAACAACAAUGAA